ACGCAGCUCCGGCGGGCGGGCACUGUUCUCGCUCAGUAGGAACAGGUCCUCGGCCGGCAUCGCUCAGCGGGCAGCAGCCGCAGGAGGAGGUGCUCCGCAGGAGGAGGAGGAGGAGGAGGAGGAGGAUGCUGUCCCGACUGCGCGUGGCCGCGGCGCCCUGCGCGAUGGCGCGGCGCAGCCUGCACACCAAGGAGAAGGGCAAGCCGCUCAUGCUCAACCCGCGCACCAACAAGAAAAUUUGUCACUGCAUAGUUGGCGACACUUCCUGUACUUCACUUGGUUAUUUUGGUGAAGAAGGGUACGGCCAGAACACGCUCAUCCAGUUUGAGGACUUUGGGAACCACAAUGCUUUCCGGUUCCUGAGGAAGUACAGGGAGAAGUACUGCACCUUCAACGACGACAUCCAAGGGACAGCCUCAGUGGCCUUGGCAGGACUGCUGGCAGCCCAGAGAGCCACUGGGAAACCACUCACAGACCAGAAAGUGCUGUUCCUUGGAGCGGGAGAGGCCGCCCUGGGAAUCGCCAACCUCAUUGUGAUGGCCAUGAUGGAAAGGGGCGUUUCCCACGAGGAGGCCUCCAGGAGAGUGUGGAUGUUUGACAAGCACGGCCUGCUGGUCCAGGGCCGGGAGCAGAAGGUGGAUCCCCACCAGGAGCCGUUUGCCCACAGGGCUCCACAGGACAUAGACAUACCAAAGACAUUUGUAGAGGCAGUGAAUGUACUUCGGCCUUCAGCUAUCAUCGGCGUGGCUGGGGCAGGCCGUCUCUUCACCCCGGACGUGAUCAGAGCCAUGGCUUCCAUCAACGAGCGGCCCAUCAUAUUUGCCCUGAGCAACCCCACGGCCAAGGCCGAGUGCACGGCAGAGGAGGCCUACACGCUGACAGAGGGCCGGUGCCUGUUUGCCAGCGGCAGCCCCUUCGAGCUGGUCACUCUGAGGGAUGGCAGGACCUUCAAACCAGGCCAAGGAAACAACGCCUACAUCUUCCCAGGCGUGGCUCUGGCUGUGAUCCUCAGCAGCGUCAGGCACAUCAGCGAUAAGGUUUUCCUGGAGGCUGCCAAGGCAUUGGCAGAGCAGUUGACAGAUGAAGAGCUUGCACAAGGAAGACUUUAUCCUCCGCUGUCCAAUAUCAGGGAAGUUUCUAUUUAUAUUGCUGUCAAGGUGAUGGAGUUCCUGUACGCCAACAACAUGGCCUUCCACUACCCCGAGCCGGCCGACAAGAGCCGCUACAUCCGCUCCAAGGUGUGGAGCUACGAGUACGAGUCCUUCAUGCCGGACGUGUACGACUGGCCCGAGUCCAAGGUGCACUGACCAGCGCCUCAGGCAGCGCCGCCGCUCUGCAGGGAUCCCCUCCCUCCCUCCCUCCCUCCUCAGACCAACUCUAAUCAUGAGCUUUCACUCCUCUAAUUUAUUUGCGCUCCUUUUGUUGCCUUUUUUUUUUUUUUUGGUUUUUUUUUCCCCCCCUUACGCCCUGUUUUUCACCUGAUUUCUCCCAAGUACCUGAUAAACUGUACGGAAAAACGGCAUCUGGCACAGGGAUGAGAGAGCCCUCCAAAAUUAAUUUGAACAAUAACAUUGUAUUUCUAGCUUAGAGCCAUCACCACACCGAGGAAUUCCUUUAAUGGUAUUUUAGCUACCUGCAUUUGAUGAUAAACUGUAGCUCUCUCAUCACUGCUGAUAUCCAGAAUUACUUAUUUUCUGCCUUUAAUAAUCAGUCUUCUAAUUGUCCUAGUGUUGUCACGCUGCAUUAGCAGUGACAUCAAGGGAGACCACUUGUCUAGAAAAAACAAAAGGGCAGUUAAAGACAACUUAGAGAGUCUGAUGGGCCUUGUGUUUUGUUUAAUGUUUAAAGAUGCCCGUGUCCAGACAUCCUUGUGGCAUGGGCUGCUGUUUCCUUGAGGAGCAGCAAGAUGUACAAGUGUGGGGUCUGCAGCAAAGUUUGCAGCUUUGUUUUCAUCACUCCAUGAAAUCUGUUCUCAGGAAAAAUGUGAGCUAGUUCAAAUUGUCCUUGGGAAGCCUGAAAAUAAUACUGAUCACUUAGUAGCUUUUAAAAACAAAGCCAUGCUGUCAAAGAAUGAAUUUUAUUGGGUAGAGGUAGGACCUGAAGUAAUUUAAGCAAAUCUUUUUAAAGAUUUUACUAGGAGAUUUUAAGCAAUGGACUGCAGAAUGGUUUACCAAAGGAUCUUAAUUUUUUAAUUUUUUUUCAAGCUUCUCUUUCAUUUAAGCCAGCACCCCCUCAGGCACCUACAGCCUGAUCUCUGGCUCCAAAAUUGCGUUCACACAAAGAGCAGUGAACUUUGGGAAGGCGCUGCCUGCGUGGGCAAAGAAGACUGAUUAUAUAAACACAGAAAAGAGUGGUGUGGGGAAAAAAAACUGUGGUGUUCAAGCUGUGGUAAAGUGUUGUGUGUUGGGGCUGGAAGUGCUUCACUGCUGAGUGCUGAGAUGCACAUGGGCAGGAGCUUGCACUUGCAAGUGAAUGUGCAAAAGACACCAACACACACACACACACACACACAGAGACAUAGGAUGUUUUUACAAAGAGUGCUUUUUUCAUCUAUUUUUGCUAUGCCUUGUUUGUAUCGUAUUUAAAUUAGUGAUCUUACUGAGAAAGAAAUUAUUUAUUCAGUGUAUGAAUUGUUUUUUGCCUUCUGAAAGUCCAGCUCUAUCCGAAGCCUGUUGUACUGUGCCAGUGGAGUUGUGCACCACUGGAUUCCGGAGUGCUGGGAACACACGGCUUCCUCCCUCCUGCCAGCAGCCAGGGAGGCAGACGAGUGACAAAAACACCCAAAAUGCACCGAUCCCACGUCCCUUCAGGCUGAUUGUUUGUUCCCAAGGGUUGCAGCUUGGGGAGGCUGCAGGGCCCUGCAUUGGGCAGGGGCGGUCCCGUUCCCAGAGGGAUGGAGAUGCCAUUCCCAAAGGGAUGGAGAUCCCGUUCCCAAAGGGAUGGAGAUGCCGUUCCCAAAGGGAUGGAGAUGCCAUUCCCAAAGGGAGGGAGAUCCCAUUCCCAAAGGGAUGGAGAUGCCAUUCCCAAAGGGAUGGAGAUCCCAUUCCCAAAGGGAUGGAGAUCCCAUUCCCAAAGGGAUGGAGAUGCCGUUCCCAAAGGGAUGGAGAUGCCAUUCCCAAAGGGAUGGAGAUCCCAUUCCCAAAGGGAUGGAGAUGCCAUUCCCAAAGGGAUGGAGAUCCCGUUCCCAAAGGGAUGGAGAUGCCAUUCCCAAAGGGAUGGAGAUCCCGUUCCCAAAGGGAUGGAGAUGCCAUUCCCAAAGGGAUGGAGAUCCCGUUCCCAAAGGGAUGGAGAUCCCAUUCCCAAAGGGAUGGAGAUCCCGUUCCCAAAGGGAUGGAGAUGCCAUUCCCAGGGGGAUGGAGAUCCCAUUCCCAAAGGGAUGGAGAUCCCGUUCCCAGAGGGAGGGAGAUGCCAUUCCCAAAGGGAUGGAGAUCCCAUUCCCAAAGGGAUGGAGAUCCCGUUCCCAAAGGGAUGGAGAUCCCGUUCCCAAAGGGAGGGAGAUGCCAUUCCCAAAGGGAUGGAGAUCCCAUUCCCAAAGGGAUGGAGAUCCCGUUCCCAAAGGGAUGGAGAUCCCGUUCCCAAAGGGAUGGAGAUGCCGUUCCCAAAGGGAUGGAGAUGCCAUUCCCAGAGGGAUUGAGAUGCCAUUCCUGUGUGCCAGGCCCUGAGCAUCCCCUGCAGCUUGCCCUGUGGACAUGGUGGGGUUUCCCUUCGAUGCAAAGCCAUUGCUUCUUUCCUGUUGGCAACAGGUAACCUGUCAGCUCACAGAGUUUUAAGUUCAUUUCACUCUCUCUUUCGUCUUCUCCAGAAUUAAUUUUUUUUUUCCAUGCAUAGGAUUUUAAGAUACAUAGAUUCAUGUUCAGUUUUCUUUCAGGUACAAUUAAUCCUUGAACUAAUUGCAACCGCUAAUCUUGCUGGCUAGUAAGGAACCAGUUUCCUUUUUUCAUAUUCUACUUAACACGAUUUUUUUCUGUUUGCUGGUUUAUUCAAAAUAUUUACUGGUCUUUAUCUGUACAGAAAAUUUUCUUAGACGGUAUGCAAAGGGAAACAGGUGUCACCAGGAUGCAUUUUGUCAUGUUACAUAGCGUAAGUUAAAAAAAUACAUCACCUGAAGGACCACCAGUGUUGUAGCUUGUCACACAGCCCCCGUGACUCGCCCUCCAAAUGAUUUUGUCAAGGACUGUCUUCCAUGUCUCCUUGGGCUAUGCAGAGCCCUUCUGAGAGGAUCAGCAGCUUGGUUGAGGUCAGUCUUCCAGGGUUAUUCCAAUCCUUGCUUCCUUAAAAGCAGUAGGAGCAGGACUGAGCCUCUGGGCAGCAACCUCUGGAGUGUUUGGGGGAGAGUAAAGGUGUCUGAUGAAGCACAGCCUUUCUUUGUAAAAUACCUGUGGGUUUGUUCAAAGGUUUGUGUGCUCCAGCUGCCACCCUGACAUGCAGAAGGAGACAAUUAAAAUGUAGUGUCUGAUACAUUUUAAACCCCCAGUGUGAGUUGUCGGUCACGUUUGUGGACGGUGAUGCAUCCUGAUCUUGUUGUGUUUGUUUUCCAAGCUUCAAACCAAGUGACACUUUUUUUACCUGCAGAGUGGUGUGUAACAGGUUUCCUGUGGUCGGUGCGUGUCUUCCUCUUGUACUGUUGUUUCCAGCACGCUGUUUUACGGGGAUAAAGUAACUCUGUCACACUCCUCUGGUAGUACCUGCCAAGACGAACGAUACACCUUUUAGUUUCUCGUUAGCAGCCCUCCCCUGCGUGGUGACUGUUCCUGUGGGAGAGUGGGGAUCACUAUUGUACAGCUCCCACCCAGGUUUCAGUUCGGCUGACUCCGGCCCCGGCAGUCCCGGCUGGUUUUGUUUGGCUGCAGAGGGGCACAGCUGAGCUCCUGUGCAGCUCCACAGAGCUGAGCUCCUCUGCAGUUCCACAGCGCUGAGCUCCUCUGCAGUUCCACAGCGCUGAGCUCCUCUGCAGCGCUCAGAUCAGUGUGAGAGCAGCCGGGGCUGGCUGCAGAGGGGCACAGCUGAGCUCUGCUGGCAUCCCACAGCGCUGAGCUCCUCUGCAGUUCCACAGAGCUGAGCUCCUCUGCCAUCCCACAGCGCUGAGCUCCUCUGCAGCUCCACAGCGCUGAGCCCCUCUGCAGUUCCACAGUGCUGAGCUCCUCUGCCAUCCCACAGCGCUGAGCUCCUCUGCAGUUCCACAGCGCUGAGCUCCUCUGCCAUCCCACAGCGCUGAGCUCCUCUGCAGUUCCACAGAGCUGAGCUCCUCUGCCAUCCCACAGCGCUGAGCUCCUCUGCAGUUCCACAGCGCUGAGCUCCUCUGCCAUCCCACAGCGCUGAGCUCCUCUGCAGCUCCACAGAGCUGAGCUCCUCUGCCAUCCCACAGCGCUGAGCCCCUCUGCAGCUCCACAGCGCUGAGCUCCUCUGCAGCUCCACAGCGCUGAGCUCCUCUGCCAUCCCACAGCGCUGAGCUCCUCUGCCAUCCCACAGCGCUGAGCUCCUCUGCAGUUCCACAGCGCUGAGCUCCUCUGCCAUCCCACAGCGCUGAGCUCCUCUGCAGUUCCACAGCGCUGAGCUCCUCUGCAGUUCCACAGCGCUGAGCUCCUCUGCCAUCCCACAGCGCUGAGCCCCUCUGCAGCUCCACAGCGCUGAGCUCCUCUGCCAUCCCACAGCGCUGAGCUCCUCUGCAGCUCCACAGCGCUGAGCUCCUCUGCAGCUCCACAACGCUGAGCUCCUCUGCCAUCCCACAGCGCUGAGCUCCUCUGCCAUCCCACAGCGCUGAGCUCCUCUGCAGUUCCACAGCGCUGAGCUCCUCUGCCAUCCCACAGCGCUGAGCUCCUCUGCAGUUCCACAGCGCUGAGCUCCUCUGCCAUCCCACAGCGCUGAGCUCCUCUGCCAUCCCUCAGCGCUGAGCUCCUCUGCAGCUCCACAGCGCUGAGCCCCUCUGCAGUUCCACAGAGCUGAGCUCCUCUGCCAUCCCACAGCGCUGAGCUCCUCUGCCAUCCCACAGCGCUGAGCCCCUCUGCAGCUCCACAGCGCUGAGCCCCUCUGCCAUCCCACAGCGCUGAGCUCCUCUGCAGCUCCACAGAGCUGAGCUCCUCUGCCAUCCCACAGCGCUGAGCUCCUCUGCCAUCCCACAGCGCUGAGCCCCUCUGCAGCUCCACAGCGCUGAGCCCCUCUGCAGCUCCACAACGCUGAGCCCCUCUGCCAUCCCUCAGCGCUGAGCCCCUCUGCAGCUCUCAGAUCAGUGUGAGAGCAGCUGGGGCUGGCUGCAGAGGGGCACAGCUGAGCUCCUGUGCAGUUCCACAGCGCUGAGCUCCUCUGCCAUCCCACAGCGCUGAGCUCCUCUGCCAUCCCACAGCGCUGAGCCCCUCUGCAGCUCCACAGCGCUGAGCCCCUCUGCAGCUCUCGGGUCAGUCUGAGAGCAGCCAGGGCUGCAGUCUCACUGGAUAAGCCACUGUCGUGUCUGGAUGAGCCACUGUGGUUUCUGCUCUCGGGACGACCCGAGUGCUGCCCCGUUCCGUCACAGCCACGGGCAGCACAGGGAGCGGUGUUACAUGGGAGGAGGAAAUGCAGAGCAGAGCUCUGCUGCGCUGGCCUGGCAGCUGGAUUUGGGCCAAGCCGCUGCUGAAGGCACAUCCAUUCUCUGCGCCUGCCCUGCCCGCUCCCUGGGACGAUCCAGCACGGCUCCGAGCGCUUCCCCGUGCCUCUGGCUCUCCGUGGGGAUGGCAGGACUCACCGGGGCCCCACGGGCCGUGGCUGCAGCUGGAGGAGCAGGCCCUGUCACCGUGUCCUGUCACCGAGCUGGCUGGUGGUGCUCCCAGACUGAGCUCAGCUCUCCACCUGCCGUCAGCUUCAGCUCAUCCCUUCUUCAGCCAGAUCCUCCCUGACGGGAAUAAAUAUACUCUUAGGACUACUAAAGAUGGCUGCCUUGUCAACAAAACAGCGAAAUGACCUGCAUUUAUUUCUGUCUUAAACAUAUCUACCUUAUGGAAAUCAAUGUGAGCCUGCUGGGGCGCUUGUAAGAACAGUUCCAGCCUGGUCUGUGCGGGGUUGGCUGUGCCUGGGAGGGUCAUUGCUCAGCUGAAACUAAAACUGUAUGUAAAAUGUGAAGUGGUUGGGGUUUCUUCCUACUUUAUAACGUUGUAACUCUAUUGAAAUGUGUGUUCUAGUCUUCUAUUUUCUUAGUAAAAUGCAUUCCC